AGGCGCCGCGUCGCGCACUCGGCCAUGGAUCACGUGCCACCGGCUGCCCCUGGCGCCGGCGGCCACAUCCCUCUUCCUCUGCUGAUGCACCCCUGUCCCAGAGCGAUCGUCGUCUCUGGAGACGCGAGCAGGCUGCACGCCAUGGAGACGGGGCUUCGCCAAGAAGGCUACAAAGAAGUGGAGACUUACACCGACCCAACGGUGGCCAUGGCGAUGCGCAGGGGAAGGUACCAGCUCGUGAUGGUCGACAUGUUCCCGCUUCGCGCCGGCGCGCUUGAGCUCUUGGAGUGCGCCAUCAGCGAGAUGAACGCUGAAGCUCAAGCACUAUCAAAAGUUGGCAAUAGAUAUAGAAAACUGUCCAUCCGAGAUCUUGAGACCAUUAGGCAAACCAUCAAAUUCAAUAAAUCUACAUCAUCAGAAGAAGGCACACUGAACCAUGACGACGACGACGACGACAACAACAACAACAACUCGCCGACAUCUACCGUAUCCACAGCAACAAUAGGGUCAUCCUCAGGAAGGAGGGCGCCAAGCAUGAAGAUGAUACGACGACAUGAGAUGAAGAGCCAGGAGGUAGAGCAAGAUGGAGAGCACACUGAGGCCCAGCGGCAGCAACUAACAGAUAAGUCGAAGAAAGCUCGACUUGUUUGGACUGAGGAACUACACAACAAUUUUGUGGACGCGUAUAAUAAACUACUUCCCAAAGAUCGUGUGCCAAAGAAAAUACUUAGGCUGAUGAAUGAUCCUAGACUCAGCAGGGAGAACGUUGCCAGCCACCUUCAGAAAUAUAGGUUGAAUAAUUUGGUAUGUGGAGAACCACAACCUAUUCAUAGAAACGAUUUAAGAACACAGCAUCCUAAGCUUGCUCAAGCAUCCUUGCUCCAUCUCAACAUGUCUCAGGUGCCUUCUAUGAUGACGCAAGUUCCAACCGCAACCUCAGUUUACAUGAACCAGAUAUCGAAUCCUGAAACAACGAUCAUAACUUCAGCAAAAAGUGACACAGACAAAAAGCGUAUGGAUGUCGUGGUACCAGAAAAGAUCACAACUUUAGCAAGAAGCGACACAAACAAUGAGCGGGUGGACGCUGUGGUACUGGAAAAGAUGUACACUGGACCUCAAGUAGAGAUGGAACAUAAAGUUGACACUGAACCCAGACAAAAUAAAAUUAUUUGUAUGCUGGGUAUUUCAGAUGGUAGUUUUCAAGAAGAUUGUAACGACAUCACGCAACAAACAUGGAGCAUGGAUCGGGGACCCUGGGAACGGGAGCCGGACUUCAAUUUCUACGCAAGUGAUCUAAGUGAUUAAACCAGAAGGAAAUUUAUGCUUAUGAAUGGGGUUUCUUUAUCUGUAAGCAUAAUUAUUUAAAUAAUAAUAUCCUAAAGGAUGUUAUAGAACUUGGAAAUUUGUUAGACCGGUCUGCCAAUGGUAGUGAUAUAUUAUUCGUUAGAGCACAAUUGAUAAACAUUUUGUUUUUGUAUGUAACAAGUAGUAUGUAACAUACUUUGUCACCUGAAUCUACAGUAGCAUUCUAGCUA